AUGGCGGACGGAAAUCAGAGCCUCUCCGUCUUUUGGAGAGCCUAUGCCCGUGUAGUGCUCGCAUGCUCGGCCGUGCAGCUGCUUCCCGAACACGCCAGGCUCGUGUAUCUCGAUCCGCUCACCCGCGAAAUUAAAGCGGCCUCGCAUGCAUACCGUGAGGCGGCGCAGGUUACGGGUGACCUCCAACUCCCGCCUCUGCUCCUCCAUGCCACAAAUCUCAUGCAGACUGCAUGGAGCAACCGAGAUUACAACGAUGCAGCCGCCCUCGUCGCUCGCUCUCUACCGAAUCUGCCCGCAGAUCCGGACGCCCUUCAGUGGGCGCCCCGGGAUGCCGGCGUGGAUCGUUGGUGGGACACGCUCGCAUCAUCGUCCAGCUUCGGAUCCAUGCCGCCGACGCCGACCCAAACCUACGCACCGCCUCCGCCCUCGGCAUACGUCCCAUCAUCUUCCCUGCAAGUCCAACAGCAAUCCACUCCACAGCUACAAAUGACGGUGCCUAUACCCGAAGCAGACUUCCCCGCUCAGCGGUCGAGCAAGCGUAAAGAGCGCGAAGAGAGCGAGGCCGCCGAGAACGAAGAAGACGACGAGGCGCGGCGCCGAAUGCGUGGCAAGACGUUGGUCAUCACCGACGAGAUGCGCUCCGCUGGCGUGAACGAUCCGCCCUGCAAGACGGCAUGUUCUCUCGUACCUCCUAAAACGAGUAGCGGUACAAAGAAGGACGGUUCUUCCGAGGUGCCCACAAAACGACGUGUAAGAGUGAAUAGGCCCGAAUUUCACGUCGAUAUGAUGCAAGCGCCAUUAUCGGCCCCCAUGGGGUUCAUGCCUCCAGGCCAUGCUCUGCCUAUGGUGCCCGGCAACGCGCCACUUUCCAACGGCCAAUGGGCGCCUGGUUUUGGCCCAAUGGAUCCCAACCAGACGUUUGUUACACGCGGUGAGCUGCAGGCUCACGAGGCGCGCAUGGAGGCGCGCUUUCGGCAGAUUGUACAGGAAGAGAUAUCCGUUGCCCUCUCUCGUUUUGCGCCCCACGGCGAUGCUAGUACUUCCCAAUCGCAAUCCUCGCUGCAGCCUCAAUGA